AUGGCACCCCUCGAGCCGGUGUCAUCUGAGCGUAUGAACAAACAGAUCGGCUCGACCUCUCCUUCAAAGCGCGACUCGACCAUCUCUGCACACGGUGGCAUGUCGCCGUCCCGCCAUGGCGGCCACUCGCGCGACAGCUCCGUCAGUGAUAAGAUUAACCAGUUCAACACUCUCGCCGCCGUUCAGAACAACAAGCUCGAGCGCAAGGCCGCCGACGCUGCCCUGAAGCGUGCUGCGCUGGGUCGCGAAGCUGCAGAGGAGGAGGCCCGCCGCUACAAGGAUGAGGUGCGCGCGCUGAGAAAGCAGGUCGAGGAGGGCAAAGAGCGUGAGAGGCGAGUCGGUGAGAGGCUGGAGACAGUCAUGGAGAGUUAUGGCCGUGCGAAAGAGACCCACGCCCACACACAGGCCCUCUGGGAGAAGGAGAUCCGCCGCACGCGCAAGGAGACCUUCAAGAGCCAGAGCGUCAUCGUGAAGCUGCAAGAAGAGCUCAAGUCCGCCCGCGCCGCCCAGAAGUCCGCCGAGGAGACCCUACAGCGGGAGAAGGAACGGAGCCUCAGCCGCGAGCAGGAGGCAUUCCAAGCCAGAUACAACCUGGUCGGCCUACAGGAGCAGCUGGAUAAGGGCCGCUCCGAGCUCGAACAGGCCCUCGAGCGCAUCAAGGUCGUCGAGCAGGAGCGCGACGCCUUCAAGACCCUGGCCAAGACUGAGGAGGACGUCGCCCGCAUCGCCGCCGAGGGAAGGCUGCCCCUGCCAGCAUCCAACAUGGAAGACGAGGACGAUGAGUUUGCAAGCCCCAGCAAAACAGGUUCCAGGGUGUCGUCACUGUCGCUCGUCGAGGUCAGAUCGUCUGCGGCCAGCGAGGCCGAGAUCGAGGAGCUCUCGCGGCUCUGGCAGUGGGAGAAGCAGCGUGCUGACCGGGCAAACGACCACAUUGAAUACCUUGAGGCCGAGUGUCGGCUCCACGCAUGCUCCUGCAUGAAGAAGCGGCCGCGUUCCAGCAUGGCCCUGCUCAGUCCCAAGCGCCAGAAGCGAGGCGAGCCUGCCCCUCUGGCAGACCCGUCUGACCGCAUGAUUCUUAGUGAGAAAGCGACAAUCCCUCCACCACGUGAGACGUCUGCUCAUUCCGUGCCCCAGCCAGCAAAACCGAGAAGGAACGAGCAUAAAGAAGAGCGCAGGGCCACCAUCUUCCUGCCGGACUUGGGAACUUUCCAGACGGUGUUUGCAGAAGAGGCGGAAGCCAUAGAGAGGAACAGGAAAGGGGAGAAGAUGAGCGGGCGCCGACAGUUGGAGGACAACGAUAUGACCAUGGAGGAUGCGCCUGCGCCACGGACGGAGGGUCGCCAAAUGCCAGAACGGUACUCGCGCACGCCGUCUGUUGAGCCACCAUCUUUUGCAGUCGUGGGGCCAGAGAGGGCCUCUCUCGCAUCGCUCUUGAGCGCAUCACACCAGCAGAUGGCGCCUGUGGCCGAAGUCAAUGCGCCUACCACGCUGGACAGUCGGGCACCUUCUGUUGUUGAAGUCAAGAAGAUCACUAUGGCUAAGACCCGUGGUGAAGGCUUCUCUCGGUCUCAACCCGCGCGUACGCCCCUCCAAGUCCAGGACCCCAACGUCGAGAUGGCCCAAGGAGAACAAUAUCCCUUUAAAGCAUCCUUUGGAUCCCGCCCUCACACCACGACCUCUUUCUACCAGACAUCUACAACAACCACAACAAUACCCCUGCGCGAGGAGACGUCGGAACCGAGCAUGGCCCAGAAGCUAUUGGCCCUGCAGCGGACGCCCUCACGUGGACGGGUGGCGGAUGACAGCGCGCCGAGCUGGGAUGUCAACAAUCCUGCUCUGACGCCGACCAUGACGAGGGAGCAGGCCCUGGCCAAGAUUCGUGAGCGACGUGGCCGUGCUAAGAGCGGAGCAGCUGCCACGCCGCACAAGAGCAUGAUGAGAGGGGUCCAGAGAAGAGAGAUGAGCGCACCUGCUGGUAGGAAGGGGAGACUAGGGUCAUAA